UCUGUACUCUGUCAUAUAUAAAAUCAAUGCGAAAGUCUCCGAAGUUUACAGCAAGCUCGUGGUUAACGUUUGGUUUGGAGAUACCAUAUCGAUUACUCCCAAGCUUCUAGCAGUUGUAUACAGGGGUCGGUAGAGCCCAGAAAGCAACGACGUGGGCGUCACGACGCAACUUUGAUAACAUGUCAAAUAGUGAAGUUUGGUUGACAAACGUUCCGAGUAAAGUGUAGAAUAUAGUCAUAUGUAGUUUAAGAAUGUUCGACCUUGAAUAUGAUUAUUUUUUGGAGGAGGACAAAAUAUUUCUGAACACUCCAAGGACAAAAUAUUUCUAAAAAAGAAAUACCUACAUAUUCCAAUUAUGUAUUAAGUUAUAAGGAACAAAUAAUAAAAGAGAUAAUAAAUAAAACUAAUAAAAAGUGCUACGAAAUAAGGAGUACGAACUGACAAUAUGGAAGUCCUAUUACAUCUGAAUCCUGAAGAUCAAUCCACAGCCUCCGUCGAAAUGAAGAAUGAAGAAGAAGUUAAAGAAGUAAAAGUCGAAGAUGAAACCGAAAAAACGACAACAAAUUCUAAAGAACUCGAUUACUACAGUACAUUUCCCUUCGUUAUGAGAGAAAAUCAAAUGGGGAUGACCAUCACCUCAGGGAGUGUCACUAUCAAAAAAGACGCGAACAAUCUCAUCGGUAUCAGCAUCGGUGGUGGUUACCCCUUGUGUCCUUGUCUUUACAUAGUUCAGAUUUUCGACAGUACUGCUGCAAGCCGAGAUGGCACUCUACAGUCAGGAGAUGAACUGGUUUCUGUUAACGGUCAAAGCGUCAAAGGCAAGACUAAAACGGAGGUGGCAAAGAUGAUCCAAGCUGCCAAGGAAGAAGUUACAAUAAACUACAACAAACUACAUGCCGAUCCCAAACAAGGAAAAAGUCUCGAUAUUAUAUUGAAGAAAAUGAAGCACAGAUUGGUUGAAAAUAUGAGUUCAUCAACUGCUGAUGCGUUGGGACUAUCUAGAGCCAUUCUCUGUAACGAUACACUAGUCAAAAAAAUGCAAGAACUCCAGGACACCGAAUUGAUGUAUAAGGGUCUGGUUGAACAUUGCAAAGGAUUGAUAGUGGCCCACUUGGAAUUGAGUCAAACAAUAAAGGCAAUUGGUGACGUUUUUGGAGAAAUAGCAGCACGUGAACCUCAACAGAGGGCCAGCGAGGCAUUUAGGGUAUUUGGGGAGCAACAUAGACAAAUGGAGGCAGCUAGUAUGAAAACACUCAAAGAAAUUAAGCCCGUCAUCAAAGAUAUGGGUACUUACCUCUACAAGGCGAUUCCAGACACCAGACUUACAGUUAAGAAGUACGCAGAUGCGAAAUUCGAAUACCUAGCUUAUUGUUUGAAGGUGAAAGAGAUGGACGAUGAGGAAUGCAACUAUGCAGCUCUUCAGGAACCCUUAUACAGGGUGGAAACAGGGAAUUAUGAGUAUAGGCUCAUCCUGAGAUGCCGGCAGAUGGCGCGUGCCAAAUUCGCCAAGCUCCGUUCCGACGUUCUGGUCAAGAUGGAACUGUUGGACAGCAAGCAUGUUCAAUCUCUAGGAGGACAUCUCUCAAGACUAAUCAAAGGGUUGGCGCAAAUCCAUUCGAAUCAAGCAGAAGUAAUGUCAGGGCCGUGUCUGUUUCCUGUAGAAGUUGAUCUCACUAACAAUGCGUUCCAGUAUAAAUCGACAACACCUCUCACUCAGGCGAAUGAAGAUGAUGAUGACGAACUCUGCAUAGAGAAUGGUGAAGAAGUGAACGAAAUCGGCGAACAAAAUUUAAUCAGUGAUCUUCUGAAUUUAUCCUGUGAUGAAGAAACCAAUUUUUCUCUACCUAACAAUUUGAUACCGAAGGAAGAGAACACGAUGCAAAGAGAACCCAACUACGAUGCUAUGGAUAAUUUAACCUUAUUGUCAACCCUGAACAUCCAAGAUCCGCGUAGUGUUAGUUCUCAAUCAGAAAAUGCGUUGAUACCUAAUUUAGAUUAAUAAAUACGAAUUAAUUUCAAUUUAUUAUAUUAUUCAAUCGAAAUAUAGUUACAAAUUUUAUUUUUAUCA